ACGUGGGCUGUGGAGUUAAACUUGUGGUAGAACGGGGGACGCCAGAUCUUAUCCACACCACGCAGCGGCCAGAUACCUGAUCGUGCUUGGAUGGAGGGGCGAAACCCGAUCGCCUGAUGUGCUGCCUGAAACCCAGAGGAGUGACUUAUCAGGACGCGUUCAAAAUGUCUUCUUCCUCAAGCGAGGUCAUUAGUGCCGAUGAGAUCAAGAGGGAGAGUCGUGGGAGUGUCAAGCUGUCAGUGCUGGACCCCGCGGAGUUGCCGAUGGAGAAUGCCGAACUUUUGGACUGCUCGCCGGCCUCCCUGGCCUUUUCCCCCGAGCAGGUCGCGUGCGUCUGCGAAGCGCUGAUGCAGGGUGGGAACGUGGACCGCCUGGCCAGGUUCCUGUGGUCACUGCCGCAGAGUGACCUGCUGCGGGGGAACGAGAGCAUCCUGAAGGCGCAAGCGAUAGUCGCCUUCCACCAUGCCCGCUACCAAGAGCUCUACUGCAUCUUGGAAAACCACUCUUUCAGCCCGUCGAACCACUCGUCUCUGCAGGAUAUGUGGUACAAAGCGCGCUACACCGAGGCGGAGAAGGCGCGGGGCAGACCGCUGGGCGCCGUGGACAAGUAUCGCUUACGCAGGAAAUAUCCGCUGCCUCGGACUAUCUGGGACGGAGAAGAGACCGUGUAUUGUUUCAAAGAGAGGUCUCGGAACGCGCUGAAGGAUAUGUACAAGCGGAACCGGUACCCAUCUCCAGCCGAGAAGCGAAAUCUGGCCAAAAUGACAGGACUUUCCUUGACGCAGGUCAGCAACUGGUUCAAAAACAGGAGGCAGAGAGACAGAAAUCCAUCAGAAGCGCAGUCGAAGAGUGAGUCAGACGGCAAUCACAGUACAGAAGAUGAGUCCAGUAAAGGCCAGGAGGACUUGUCACCACGUCCCCUCUCCAGCGGCUCUUCCAGCUCAGUCCCACACGGAACAGCCCCCCCUACAGUUUACUCAGACGGAGGAACAACAGUCAUCCAACAAAUCGGAGAUGUCAAAAUGCCCUCACACUCAGGUGGAGGAAUGAGUUUUAAUGGUGACCUUGCGAGCGUCAAUGCUCACUACAUCAACAGUGGAGCUUAUGGUCACUCACACAGCAGCAGCGCUCUCCUGAACGGACUUGGUGCCACAGGUGGCCAUUUCUUGACCUUUGAUCCUCAGAGGGUCUCCCAUCACAGUCAGGAAAGGCUGUUAGGUGGGUCUUCCGUGUCUUAUGCUCCCUUCUCAAUGGGGGGUUCUGAAACAGCCUCUGGAAAGAUAGAGACCAUGCAAACUUUAGUUUCCAAUGGUGAAGAUGGAGUCAUUUCUUCAGUGGUGUCCUUUGCUUCGGCCCCCUCCACACCAUCCACUACCUCAGGAGGUCUUCAUCUGAGCAGUUACAGUGUGGUCAAUCUCCCUGGAAGUGAAUCUACCAUGGGUCUUCCUCCUCUAAUGCUGCCCCCAUCAUCAACAUCAUCUACUCACGGUUCUGCUCCUUUGGGCAACGUAGUCAGUGACUCUUCCCAGCACUCAAGCCAAACUCUGCUCUACUCCCAGACUGUGAAGCAGGAACCCUUGGAUGUGCCUGGAAGCUAUGCUUAUCCUUCUGAUAUACCCCUGGACCAAGGUAGCAACCUGGGCUAUACAGCCUCCCUUUUCCUCUCAUCGUCCUCCAGUGGUGGUUCUCUUCCCCCUACCAUCACAGCUACAGUCACCUCGGCCCUCUCCAACUCCGACGUACACCAUGCUCUGAAUCAAACAGGACGUGGCCUCCAUGAGGAUGGUGUAGCUCUGUCUUCAGACUACAGGUCUCAAGACAUCCAUCUGCCCAACAGCCUGCAGGUUGUUUCUAGGGAAGGAGAAGGUCCAGUCAGGGUUGUUUGUGGGGAUCUGGAUAUGGAAGGGAAAGAGCUGGCCAAGCUGCAGACUGUACAGAUGGACGAUGAUGGAAGCGACCUCUGAUGAUGUCAAUGAUGCAUUUCACUCGUGCUGGACUGGUUUUGUCACACCGCAUUGUGCCCUUAUGGACGCUGUAAGCACAAAUCAUUCUCAUAUGAAGCCUAGAGAUGGAUGUAAAAAUGCGAACAGUGCCUUCCUGUCCUGAUAUAUCCCAACUUGCACUAAGAGGGCUGCAGAACUUAGCAGGCAAUGCACUGACGUUUGGAAAAUUAUUUAGCUGUCUUUAUACUGUCACCUCAAAAACAAAAUACGAAAUACCUGUUAAAAAGCACAAACGUGCUCUGAAUCAAAUAAUGCAGCUUUAUAGUGAUUGUUUUCUUUUAACAAGAUUUUAUUGAUGCACAGAUGCAUUUUUGUUGUUGUUGUUGUUGUUUAUGGUCUUUUUGUAUUUAAAUUUUUUGUGUGUGAAAAUGCAAAUGUGAUAAAGCUUAUUUUGUUAUGCUUGACUUGAGGAAUUUUAUGUUACAGAAUGUUUUUUAAUUCAAACUGACAAGUCUCUUUCUACACAUCCCAGUGUAGAAUCUAGAUAACAAGCCAUUUAUUUAAAAGAACUUAGCAAGAAUUAUGUUUUUUUUAUUGAUUUGUGUGAUUUGGAUGUGUUUGGGAUGUAAUUUACUUUAGCAUUCAUUUCUUCUGAAUAGUCACAUGUAGCAGUUUGGUGAAUUUUCAUGGGCAAAAUGCAUUCAUUUAAAUAGGAAUGUAACACAUAAUCCUCAACACACAUCUUUUAAAUUCAAGCUGACCAAAAUAAUGCAGUUUUAGUUUGACUUUUGUGUGUGUGCGUUGUGCUACACUUUUAAAGGUAACACUUUAUUUUGAUGGUCCAUUUGAGUAUUAGUAGACUGUCUGCUUAAUAUCUGUUGAUACUGCUCCGUCAGCAGGCAUUCAACUGAGUAUAAGAAACUUUGCAAGUACAUGUUAACUUACACUAACCCUAACCCCAACCUAACAGUCUACUUAUAAUCUAAUGAGAAUUAGUUGGCAUGUAGAUGCAAUGUAACUUAAAUUCAACAAACGGACCAUUAAAAUAAAGUGUGACCCUUUGAAAUUUCAAUUAUUACUUUAUUAUUGCCAUGAAAUUUCGCUAAAGUGAUUACACCUUUCCACCUUUCCUCUGUACAUACUGCAAGAACCACAAGAAAACUUCAAACGUUAGUCUUGCUUGAAAGAAGCCUAUUUUUCUAACCCCUUCUACCCUAUUAAAUAUUUAUAUUUGUACAUAUAUAAUGAAUGAUCCCAGGGUUGUCUAUGUCACUGACACCAGUGUUUCACAAUAGAGUCCCAAGUCUGAUAACUCAAUAAGUAACGGGAAUGACCUCACUUUUAAUGAAUCAUGGCUUAUUGGAAGCACCAGGUAAGUUGGCUAUAUGUUUUUAACCAAUAGCAGGCGUAGACAUCUCCUAUCUAUUUAACCAGAUCAGGCUACAACUUGGAUCCCCUGGAUGACUGGUGGUGAUCUCAGACAUUACUAAUGCAUGGACGUACGCAUAUGCAGCACGAUGGAGAUCAAGCUUGUGUUCUCACCAGAGGCGUCGUCUGUGAUCUCUGGCCAAAGCCUGGCAGCUGAAUAAGCCCUGCUCACUCUUAAAGUGUCAUAUGGUACCUGUCAUGACAUUACUCAAAGUAAAGGUCAUCCAAAAAGUCAGAGUAUAUGAGGAGAAGUUACAUAUCCUUAUUAGAUUUCCUGAACCGUCCUCACAUGAUCUUGCAGGAAUAGACUUUUGGCUCGGACUCCAGGGCAAAAUGCAGACUCAUCGUUAGAUAGAUUAUUAAAGGGCGAUAAGAGAUAUACUAUGUUCUUUGAAUAAUUAAAAAAGGAUUUCACUAGGACAUUCGUGCACAACAAGAUUAUUCUUAAAAAUAAAAGGUUUCAAAAUAUACUUUUUCAUACACUGUAAAACCCA